AUGUCGUCUGCACCACCUUUUUCGGACACGCCCUUGAACCAGCACAAGAGACUGUCCUCCAAGUCCAACCCUGGGUUUUUGGAGCGACUCAGUGACACAGCAGGCGGGACAUUAGUCGGUGUUGGACUCUUCUUCCUGUCCAUUUAUAUACUAUUUACCAAUGAGGGUCGUGCGUUGCAAACAAAGUUAUCUCUGGAUGAGGGAUUGUCCCAGGUUGUGCCGUUGGACUCUUACUUUGGCCUUGACCCUCAAAACAACAACCGUUUGGUUCAUUUGACAGCAAAGCUUCACACAGCUCAGCCUCUGCAUGAUCCAAACUAUAGAGUGGUGGUUCAAGCCGUAAAGCUGAGACGGGAAGUGGAGAUGUAUCAGUGGGUGGAGUAUUCGGAAAGCAGGGACUACCAAGAAAACGGUGAGACAAAAACCGAAACGACCUACACGUACAAUACCGAAUGGAAAUCAGAAUUGGUCAAUAGUCGUAACUUUGACAAGGAAAUUGGUCACCAGAACCCAAGUGCUAUGGCUGUUGAGAGUGUGACUGUGGUGGCCCCUGAAGUCCGAGCUGGGCCUUUCCUUUUGUCAAAAGGACUUAUUGAAAAAAUAAACAACUUCCAGACAUUAAGUUUAAGAGAUUUCAAUGCCAUAAAUUUAGAUCCUUUUCUCACAAUUUUGGAUGACUACUUCUACCACACUCAAUAUCCACACAGACCAGAAGUUGGAGAUGUGCGCGUAAGAUUUUCUUUUGCCGGACUCAGUGGAGAGGAGUCUUGGCUCGGGCCACCUGUGAGUGUUGUGGCAAUGCAAAGAGGAGCACAGCUGAUGCCAUUUAAAACUAAAUCGGGGGAUAUUUUGGAGUUUCUUUACUUGGAGAGUCUAUCAGCAGAGGAGAUCUUUGGUCAGGAGCACCAGUCCAACAGCAUGAAGACCUGGGGGCUCAGAGUGGCCGGUUGGGCGCUCAUGUGUCUGGGUAUUCAGCUGGCCAUGCGCAUUAUCUAUACUCUGGUGGACUGGGUUCCUGUCCUGAGAGAGCUGGUGUCAGUGGGUAUUAAGAUUUUUGCUCUGUGCUUGUCCUGCUCACUCUCUCUGCUCGUCAUUGCCGUUGGAUUUUCAUCCAAGAAAGAUGAAUGA